AUGGCGGCGCCGCUGCUGCUCUGGGUGGUUCUGCUGCGCUGGGCCAGCGGCGGGGGCUUCACCCGGGCGGGCAGGACCUGGCAGCACUGCACAGACCUGCGCCCGCUGGACGUGCUGUCGGAGGCGGUGCCGCCCGGGGCGCUGGCCCGGGGCAUGCGGGUCCUGCAGGUGCAGGGGCUGCGGGGGUUGCAGCUCUCGGCGUCGCGGCCCCGCGCCCUGGCCUUCCCCGCCUCGCGGCUCUUCAUCCACUGCGACCGCUUCCCCGAGGAGUUCUCCAUCAUCGUCACCCUUCGGGCGCUGCGCCGCCCCGCCAAGAGGAACGAGUACAUCUUCACGCUGAUGGUGGAGGAGAGCCCCGGCGUGCUGGUGGGGAUGCGCUACGCCCCCGACAAGCUGCACUUCAUGUUCUGGAGCCAGGAGCGCGCCGGGGGAUGGCAGAGCCGCGUCACCUUCCCCAACGUGUCCCUCUCCGACAGCCGCUGGCACACGCUCGUCCUGGCGGUGUCCGGACAGUCCUUCUCCUUGACGGUGGAUUGCAGCGUGCCCAAGGAUGUGGUGGUGGAGACCCCAUUUCCAGCCUCGCUGUCGGUGCGGAGAGCCAGCUUCUACCUGGGCAACAGGAGGAGGAGGAAAGGCGUGUUCACGGGCUUGCUGAGACAGCUUGUGCUGCUGCCAGGAGCUGAUGCCACCCCCCGGAUGUGCCACGGCCUGAACUUCAAAGUGGCAACGCUCUCUGUGCCCAGUGUCCUCCAGGAUGUCCCUGCAAAGGCAGUGAGCAACGAGGUGCUCAAAUACCCCUACGAGACUGACAUGAAGGUGACCCUGGGCGCCCGGCCCCGCUGCUCCAAGCAGGAGAAGGCUCAGUUCUGGUUCAACGCCUCCCGGCGAGGGCUCUACCUGUGCAAUGGCAGCACCUGGCUCUCCAUGCUGGAAGUCCAACCCAGGCUGGACUACGUGGAGGAGCACCAGAAGCUGGUGACCAACUCGGAGACCAUGGGCGUUGAGGUGUUCACCAUCCCCAGGCUGGGGCUGUUUGCAGCCACGGCCAACAGGCUGACACCCCCGGGGUCAGCCAUCUACAGGUGGACUGAUGGCAAGUUUGUGCACUACCAGAACAUCCCCACACACCAGGCACAGUCCUGGAAGUAUUUCACCAUUGGGAAGAAGAUCUUCCUGGCAGUGGCCAAUUUUGAGCAGAACGAGAGGGGCCAGGAGUUCUCAGUGAUUUUCAAGUGGAGCCGCAGGAAGGCGAAGUUCCUGGCGUACCAGAGGAUCAGCACGCACAGCGCCCGCGACUGGGAGGCCUUUGUCAUCCAGGGAGAGGCUUUCCUGGCUGUGGUCAACCACAGGGAAGGGAACAACCACAACAUAGACAGUGUGAUAUACAGGUGGAACCCCAGGACGGGGCUGUUUGAAACCAACCAGACCAUUCCUACCUCUGGAGCCUACGACUGGGAGUUCUUCACCAUUGGGCCAUAUUCCUUCCUGGCUGUGGCCAACACAUUCAAUGGCACCUCCACCAGGAUCUACUCACACAUCUACAUCUGGCUCAGGGGCUCCUUCCAGCUCUUCCAGUCCAUCCUGACGUUUGGUGCAGCUGACUGGGAGGUUUUCCACAUUGGGGACAGAGUGUUCCUGGCCGUGGCCAACAGCCACAGCUAUGACAGCGGCAUGCCAGCACCCUCCAACUUCUAUGCCAUCAACUCCUCCAUCUAUGAGCUGAACGUCACGGCCCAGAUGUUUGUUAAAUUCCAGGACCUUCUCACCUACAGUGCCCUGGAUUGGGAGUUCUUCUCGGUGGGAGACGACUCUUUCCUGGUGGUGGCCAACUCCUUCGAUGGCUUCACCUUCUCUGUCAACAGCAUCAUCUACAGGUGGCAGGGCUACGAGGGCUUCGUGGCAGCGCACCAGCUGCCCACGGUGGGCUGCCGGGACUGGGAGGCGUUCCACACCGCCGAGGGCUCCUUCCUGCUCUACUCCAGCGCCAGGGAGCCGCUCUCCAAGGUGCUCAGGCUGAAAACCACCUGAGGCAGCCGAGACACGCCCGGCCCGUCGCGGGAGAGGGACACAGAGCCCGGGAAUGGCCGCAGCAUCAGAGCAUCAGCCGGGCAGGGGCUGCUGCGGGAAAGGAGGAAGAGGAGGAGGGAGCUCCAGGCUCUCUGCAGCCUUGUCCAGGGGCUGUUUCUCCUGGGAAAGCUCUGCCACCACCAUGUCCUAGCCAAGGUUGUGGAGCGUGGGUGCAUCCCCUGGCUUAGCAGAACCGUGGUUCCAGGCAAUUUCCAGUGCCCAGGAGGGACCCAGAGCCUGCACAAAGGCAGGGAAGGAAGAGGCGGAGCAGGUCAGGAGCUGCUGGGCUGGGUGCGUGGCACAGGGGAGUAAACACGUGAGAAAUUGUGGGGGAACGGUGUGUCCAGGCUUGGCUCUGCCUGCCUGGGCUGUGAUGUUCCUGGGGACAGCUGGUUUGGCGUUGAAGCCAUCCUUCAUGUCACCUUUGUGCCACUGCCGCAGUGCUGCCCAUCUCCCUCUCUGGGCUGGUUCUCUUUCAACAAGUUCAGAGCUGUUGGUGUGCUCCAGGGCCAGCACUGCUCCAGGCCUGGGGCUAGGGACCCCUGAGCAAACCUGCUUUGCAUUUGGACCCACCCAGCUGCCAUGGGAGUGGGGAAAAACCCAAACCUGCUUCAGGUGCGACUGUGGCCUCUUUUCUUUUCCUCACCUUUGCUGGGGGGACUCUUUUUUGCUUAACCAGAGCUGUAAUAAAGUGUGUGCACCCA